AUGAAGCCUCUAAAGCCAACCGAGACAAUUUACAAGAGCCAAGGGACAUGGACCGACGCAUUGACAGUGUGCAAAAACGCCGGAAUUGGAUAUUCCACCAACCAGAUCUACCGCGAGGACGGCAACCCCCAGGAGGACCACCCGUAUGAAGACUGCAGCUGCCACUACGAGUUCAACAACGGCACCUGCUGGUACGCGGUCUUCGACGGGCACGAGGGCCAGAAAGCCCCGCAUUUCUCGUCGCAGCUGACCGCCGAAAUCUACUUCUCUCAACUGACCGAGAAGAAGACUGACGAUGAAGUGAGGGAGAUCCUGAGACAGGCGUUCAUUUCGGUCGAAACGGGGUAUAUGCAGUCGAUUGGCGACCUGCUGGCUGACAGAUUAAGGCUGCAGGAUGACUUACCCGAAGGCUCGAACUCGUACGAGGCCUAUCAGAAGGCGCCCCAUGUCGUUGAGAGUAUUAAACGGAUCAAUUGUGAGCUGUCGUCAGGGGCCGCCGCUGCCGUCGCUUUGAUUCACAACAAUAAGUUAUAUGUGGCUAAUGUCGGAAAUUGUCGCGUAUUGUUAUGCAAAACUGAUGCAAAUUCGGUGUUGAAAGUCGUCCAGUUGAGUGUCGACCACGAUUUGAAGAACGAGGACGAGUUGCUGAGGCUGGCGCAGAUUGGGAUCAAUCGGGAGUAUUUGAGGAAUUGCACAUAUUUGGGCAAUCAGGAAAACACCCGUUGUUUGGGCAAUUACCUGGUAAAAGGGGGCUACAAGGAGUUCGAAGACUUGAGUAAAGCCACACAAGAGCCGGUUACCGCCGAACCCGACAUCCACGGCGGCAUUGUCCUCGACGACUCUUGCAGAUUCCUCCUCCUAAUGACCGCAGAACUGUACAAAUGCAUAGAGGAGGCAACAGGGACCGAUCAAGUCAAUAAAUACAUCGCCCAAUGUGUCGUUGAACAAUUCCGCGAACAAGCAACCCUGACUGGGGUGGCCCAGGCCGUCGUCGACAAGGCAGUGAGGCUCCACCACGACUGGUACAUGUCGAACUCCAACUCGGACAAAUCCUGCAGUGCCCAGCGAGAGGACAUAACCCUGGUUUUGCGCAACUUCAACUACCCCAUGCCUCGCGCCAUCAAAACGCCCACAACGCCCUCUUCAAACUCGUUCCCCACUCAGAACACGCUCAUCGAAACAGCCCCCUCGCCUGACAGUACAAUCCGCAGCAGCGACACUACAAGUACCUCCACAAACCGCACGAUAAAAAUCGAAGAAAUCGGCUCCGAUAACAAAGUCAAGCCCUAUGUCGACUUCUCGGUGUUUUACCGCAAUGCUGAAGCGGCCAAAGCCAACGGAACGCUCCCCGAGUGGUGGGACGCCUAACAAGCAUCAGUGUUGUGAUUUUUAUUAACUUUUAACAUUGUACAAAUUGCUGAUUUUAAUAAAAAUUUAUUAUGGUUUAUA